CUGUGUUAAGGCAUCACUUAACGAUCCCAGACUAUCCCCUAUAGGCAGAAGAGAAUGAUUGCCAAAUAAGGAUCUACUCGGACCAACAAGAAAAGAGAACGGUCACGUGGUAAAAACACGCCGCGUGCCAGAGCUGAGAACUCGCCUAGAGUCUUGCAAGUUUCAACGCUGCAACAUUUAACGCUCUCACUUUUGAUGCCAUGGCAGAGACUCGUCCAGCAUGGAUGACAGACGAUUUAGACGAAGAGUGGAUAGACGAAGACGAAGCGUCGUCCUUGGGCACUCAGUCCAUCUCUCUCACAACUCCAUUACCCGGCUACUUGCGAACCCCAAGUCAAGCUCAGGAGGACACUGAGCCACUUCCAGCAGCAUCUGAACCCGUCGGUACGUUCUUGAUCCGCGAGGACAUACCCGCUCCAGCUCUCUUGCAAAAGACGCCGGGCCGACAACCUAAGAGGGGCAUCAUUAAAGAUUUCUUCAGUCCUUUAGCACUCGAGAAAAUGUUCGAGCCACCUUCACCACCCCCUUCGAAGCCAACUGCACUUGCGCUUCAGUGCGCUCCGAUGGUUCCCUCUCGCUUAUCUCAGGCGUACACGCCAGACGACUCACAGACAGACCUCGAGCUAUCAGGCCAGCCCACGGCAGUGCCCUCUCUCAAUUCACUUGCGCCGCCCGGAUCUAGUAUGGAAUGCAAAUUUACUUUUACUGUUCCUCGCACCAAUGGAAGUGUGCCUCAGGCAGAAAGCACGCCAGGUAUCUACAGCAUCGCACGACCUCCCAUGACAGAUCCACGCCUACGCCUUUUUCAGCUUCAGUAUGACACAUUCACGCGUGAUCACUUGUCGGCAAUGGUCGAUUCAAUAGCAAUAAAUACGCCUUCUGGUGGAAGCGCAGAAGGCAAUGGUUCUUCCAGGAGUAUCCCACAUCUCGCAUUGGUCAACGUGCAAGAGGCCACCGUCUCAGAUGACACACCUAUUCGCAGCAUUAAACGAGUCAAACUCAGCCCUCCAAGCCACUAUUAUGGUGAAGGCGAUGGCGCGGGUGCUACCAUCGCGAGGCCAAUGGUCUCAAGGGUAGACUAUGUUGGCGAGUCUCGUUCUCUCAUGCAACAGAUCAAGGCCGCACGCGAUUUCUCCACGAUAUCUACUACGGCAGGUCCGCGGUCCCCCGACAGCCAAGCAGAUAAUAGAGCUGAGGCCCUUAACGCGCAGCCCAAGCCUUCACCAGAAACUGGUACCUCUGUCCUUCGUAUCCCUGAUGAUCGCAGCGCGGCUACUACGAGUUCAUCAACAGCCGUAACUGCUCCCAGUAAUCAUUCAUCCCUGGCGUAUCGCCAUCAAGCAGCGACCCUGAUGCAGCAGAUCAAAAGCGAUAUUCGAGGUUCUAAACGUCUUUUCUCGGGUGCCACUGACAUAUCCCGUCUCACUCACGCGGACGACGUUUUGCCUAUCGAACGUUCGUGCGACAGUGCGUGGUCUGUAUCUCAAGUCAACGUCGGCAAGAAGAAGGCCAAUAAGUUCGGGUCACCCCGCAGGCUGUCAUCUUCCUCCAGGAGCUACCGCAGUCCCCGGAAAGCGUCGCGCAAUACCAUCAUUGAGGAUGCUGACCGAACGUUGGAGCACGAAAUGUCCAAUAUGUCUAUCGAGGCACCCUGGCAACAGCCAGUUACAUUCGUUCAGCAAUCUAUGGUACAUCCUCCUGCACAGAUCCCUCCUUCGUUUCCCUCGACCUCGACCUGCUCUGGCUCCAAUGAGGACCUUAACAGGAUCGUGUCCUCUAGCACAGCUUCUGGAACCAUAACCACAAUGAGCAGUGCACCCUCGUUCGUAAAACACGCCGGUCCAGUUCAGAUCACCCGCAUCGCACCAUCGGAUGUACCAGCUCUCCCACAGAGGGUCGGCCGUAUGGUCUAUGACAAGGAUCUCAUGAAGUGGGUGAGGGUCGCUACUCGUGCGGCCUCAGACGCCGAGGACCAGCGCGAUCAGACAGCUUGCACUGGCACAGAUGGAGAUAGUGAGGAUCCAUUUAAAGACAUAGAGAGCCUGAAGGAAGAUGACUCCAGGGAUACGCAUGGGAGUGCGCACGUGGAUGUUGGAGGUGAUAUCCCUGAAGCUGAAGGAGAGCAGGAUGAAAUGGAGAUGAGUCGUAUUGAAGAGGCCGAGGAGGACGUGGAGCUAAAUGAUCAGGAAGAAGUUGACCUGACAUCCUUUUCUUUCGACGGGCCAUCGGUCGCAGCUAUUCGGGUUGUGCCAUCGGACGAUUCGGAAGAAGUUGAGGCAAGCGAUUCCGAAUCAGACGAUCGCCAUGGAGCUGCGCUUGAGGGUGAAGGCGAGGACGCGGCUGCAGUCUUUGAAUCGGAGGAUGAAUUCUCGCCUGAACUGCGAGCUCCUUCGCCCAUCCGGCCUGCUUCGAACUCUACUGCGGUAGCUGUUACCCCAAAUGCGCCACAAUGUCGGUCAUUAUCGCUUAUCAUUCCAAUGCCCCGCUCGGCCCUGAAGAGUACGAGCGUCACUCCCGUGUCAGCAAUGAAGGAUCCGAGUCGUGAUCGGCACCGUACUCCAGCCCAGCGACUUGGCCACCGUCGUUCCGUAAGUUUUUCUGAUGGGAAGAGGGAUGGGCCUAUACGGGGCCUGAACCCAAAAGGCCACGGGAGCGAUGACGACGUUGGUAGCCAUGCUAUAAGCAUUUCAGAGCAUGACCCUGCACAGGGGUUAUUUAUUCCCUCGGCAAGGUCCAGACGCAUAGCGGAGAUGAUGCAGAAUCUAGAAAGCCCUGGCUUCGAUAACGUUUCCCCCACGAAAUCAUCAAGUUCGGGCCGUCCACCGACAGAAGAACUGCAGCCCUUCGCUUCUAGGCAGCCGAGUAGUCAAAUGGCUGUUGCCGAUAGCAGUGGAUUGACCCGUCGUGUCUUUUCGACGUUGCAAAAGGGUCGUUUGAGUGGGAAGGAUCAGAAGGCAAACGCUACUUUCUUGACUGAGUGCUCCUUUGGCUUGGCGCAUGACCGACUCGUGCAGGUGAUCACUGAUGUCCAGCCAUUUGAGCCACACUGGGAUGAGCUGCACACUAUUGACCUUUCUCGCAAGUCGUUGGAUGGUGUGACUCGACUGAAGGAGUUUCUACCGAAGCUGGAUUCUCUAGUAUUAAAUCACAAUCAGCUGUCAUGGCUGAGCGGCAUCCCCAAUUCUGUGCGGACGCUUUCUGUUGCUCACAACUUACUGACAGGUGUCACUUCAUUUAGUCACUUGCAGAAUAUUGAAAGCCUCGAUAUAAGUCACAAUGACAUCGACUCUUUGACACAACUACAGUGUCUUCGACACUUGAGGGAGCUACGAGCUGAUGGCAAUCACAUUACCAGCAUCGACGGCCUUCAGAAAUUGGAUGGGCUAACCAAGCUUAGUCUACAAAGCAACCAAAUUCAAGAAGCCGACUUUGCCAAAUUUCGAUGGCCGCGUUUGGAGAUGUUAAACCUGAGCGGGAACUGUAUUUGCAGUAUCUUGAACUUGGCAUCAAGCCUACCUGCACUAAUUGCGCUCAAUGUCGACAAUAAUACAAUGGACAAUAUUGAGCCUGGUGGCAUAAUGCCAAGAUUACGCAUCCUUCGGGCUAGUGGCAACCGACUCAAGCAUCUGAAUGUUGCCCCAUUCCCAAACCUCCGCACGCUGUACCUGGACAAUAAUUCUCUCAACACUCUCGUAAAAGCGGAACGCCUUAGUAAGCUAGAGAAUCUUAGCAUGCGAAAUCAGACUUCUUGCGGGUUUGACUUUAUCGAAGAGCCGUGUUACAAUCUGCUGUACCUUGAGGUGGCCGCCUGCCGACUGACCUCUCUCCCACAUGACCUCGCGCGUCUAACGCCAAACUUGAGAGUCCUGAACCUCAACUACAAUUUUUUGAAUGAUGCUCUCUCCCUGGAGGGGCUUACCAGACUUAGGAAGCUCACUAUGAUUGGUUCUCGCUUGAAGGGGACUAAACAGCUGAUCCGCAUAUUACAGCGUAUGCCCGAUGUGGAAAUGCUCGACUUUAGGAUGAACCCCUGUACACUUGAGUGGUAUCUCCCACUUCUGGUGAAAGAUAUACCAGGGGCAUUGCAACCAUCUGAGAGAAAUGGCAGCAGCGACGGAGAGGAUGGUCGCCUCAGGGGUGAGAAGGGAAGCACGGAAUAUGGAUGGCAAGAACUGGACUCGAAGUUCCGUCGGGACCUCCCGGAUGACGCAUAUGUCGGCCGCCUUGCAUAUCGUGGGCUGGUCAUGAGAGCAUGUCCCCGGAUAGGGAUGCUAGAUGGGGUCGAGGUUUCGGAGAAGGAACGGACGAAGGCUGAUCAACUGCUGCAGGGUAUAAUGGCAAAGAGUAAAAUUAAGGGGGCCAAGGGGAGUCCUAGUCAGGGACGACAGUGAUAAUCGGCGCUGGUGGCUGAAAGUGAUUCCUGACUGGACUCCACCACAUAAUCAAUCGAUCAUUUUGGGAUGUUUGCUUUGUGUAGUAUUUUUGCGGUGUUUGUAGAUCAUAAUCUAUCAUACUCUUGGUAUCUUGUAUCAAGUAAGUGGAA